AUGCACGCGAGGCUGACGUGGAGGGGGCCUUUUCUAGGGUUCGCUGCACGCUGGAAAGCUCCAGAAGAAGAGGGCAGGAGGCGGGGUCUCUUAAGCUGCUUCGGCAUGGGCCACAGCAGGACAUUUAAGGAGUCCCUGAAAGCACUUGAGGCAGACAUUCAACACGCAAACACGCUCGCUGCCGAGUUCCCCAAGGGCUACGACGGCGCGUGCCUCCAGAUGCGGCUCUCGUACAGUGCGGCGGCCCCCCUGCUGCUCUUCCUCUUCAGCUGGACCGACUGCUCUUUCGCCGGCGCGCUCGGCCUCCUGCGAAUCCUCAUAUACAAGGUCUACAUGGACGGCACUACAACCAUGGCAGUGCACGAACGGAAAGCCAGCAUCAACCAGUUCUACCGUUUCCUCUACCCCGCACUCCAGCAGCUCUCCAGCGGCCUCUCCGAGUACGAGCUCGCGUGCGCGCGCGCGGUGUGUGCGGAGCAGUACAGCGCACGCACGUCCGACGGCGCCAGCACGAGCGGGAUGCUGAUGUCAGCGGCGGACAUCGAGUACGAGCAGGAGUGCGGCAUAUGCCUCGAGCCCAGCUCCAAGGUGGCGCUCCCAGGGUGCAACCACGCCAUGUGCCUCGACUGCUACCGCGACUGGCACAGCCGCUCCCAGUCAUGCCCCUUUUGCCGCGACAGCCUGAAGCGGGUGCGUUCGCGCGACUUGUGGGUCUUCACGGACGAGGAAGAUUUGGUGGAUAUGGGCACCGUCGCAAAAGAAAACCUCGAGCGCUUCCUGUUGUACGUCAAUAAGCUGCCGGUGCUUAUCUCGGACAGCGUGUUUACGGUCUAUGAAGACCAUGUAAAAUAGGCCCUUUUCGGGCUCGGAAAACGGAGUGGGUAUCGCGAGUUUGGGCUUGGUAAAAGUUGAGUGGGGUAUAUACGAGAAGGGGUUGCCAAAGGCGGCCCUGACAACCUGCAGCUGUAAAUAAACCUGGCAAAGUAGAAUGAUGUCGCCGGUGCCUGAGGGUAUACCGAGCGCACGGCGUGCGCGUCAAAAGCUGGCGGAAAUACUAGGUAAAUAAGCGAGCAGGCUCAGAGAACUCUAGCUACUUCCAAACAUAACUUGACGUAGUCUCAGGCAAUGUAUCCUGUACGAGUUAGGUAUUCUGUGCAUUUACACUCGAACCAAUAGGUUCUCGGUCCCGGCGAGUUUGUGCACUGUUAGAGGUUUGCCCAAGUUGCAGCCUUUCAUGCAAUUAAAUCUCGUUCGCCCGCGGUCAAUAAAAGGUAUCUGCAGGGCGCGGCCCGGCGGCCAUGCCUGUGUAAUAACAAAUAUUUCCAAGCUUCCUUACAACCUCGG